GAAAGGUUCCGUUCUUCGGUUACCUUUGCUCUCUCUUUUGCGUGAGCGCGCGACGAAAAUUCUCCUACCAUUCUGCACCAAUGAUCUUCGUCGCUUUCUGAUUAUUCGUUUCAAUCAUCUCCGUCCUCGUGUUCAUGGCGUCGAAGAAAGGAUCGGUGUCUGGUUUGGCUAAGGACGAGGAUGAAGGAGGUAAUGGCGGUGGUGCCGGAGGAUAUAGGUUCUUUUCGGCUCUUAUCGUCUUUCUCUCCAUUCUCGCGCUCGCGCCCUUGCUUUUUGUUGUCGGCCGAGGCUUCCACACUACUGGUGAAAGGGUCAUUUCAAGUAAUCCAAGCGAAUGGGAGCAGGAUAUUGAUGAUAUUGCAGCUAGCCCAAACGAUACGGGAACUAAUGACAUCAAUUCUACAGGGAAUAAUAAUUUGACCCUAUUAUGGAAUUUGGUUGGGGUGAACGCCUCAGUUGAUGCGAUUUCUAGACCUAGCCAAACGGCUGUAGUUCCGAGAAAAGGAACCCACCAGGGCGAAGAAGACGACUCUUUGGGUGCCCGAAGGAUGGUAAGAGAAGAGCGAUACGAAAAUCAGUUUAUGGAGUUGGUUCAGCAGGAUGAUGAUACCAUUGUAAAACUUGAGAAUGAAAAUAUGCUAGCUUCUGAAUUAGUUGGCUCCUCGAUUCAUGGAAAAUACAGUACAUGGAAGAAAGAAAAUGAGAACAAGAACCAAGAUUCAACUAUACGCCUGAUGCGAGAYCAGAUUAUUAUGGCAAGAAUAUACUUGAGUCUAUCGAAAAAGAAAAAGAAAUUUGACUUGUAUGAAGAGCUCCAAAUUCAUCUUAAAAAGAUUCGCCGUGUCCUAGGAGAGGCAAAUAUUGAUGCUGAGCUGCAUUACAGUGCGCCAAAGAAAAUAAAAGCUAUGGCCGCUAUUCUCUCAGAGGCGAGAGAUCAACUGUUUGAUUGCAAGUUGGUAACGAAGAAGCUGAGAGCAAUGCUCCUAACAGAAGAAGAGAAGGUUAGAAGGUUGAAACGACAAAACACAUUCCUCACUCAAUUAGGAGUUAAGGGUAUUCCAGGCGCCCUUCGCUGUCUGUCCUUGCGCCUUWCUAUCGAUUAUUACCUUCUUCCUCCGGAGCAGAGAAAUUUCCCGAGAAGUGAAAAUUUGGAAAGUAAAAAAUUUCACCAUUAUGGCCUCUUCUCAGACAAUGUGUUGGCUGCGGCAGUAGUUGUGAACUCAACCGUAAUGAAUGCUAAGGAUUCUUCUAGACAUGUAUUCCACCUAGUUACUGAUAAUCUCAAUUUUGGAGCAAUGAGAAUGUGGUUUCUCUUAAAUCCUCCCAAAGAAGCUACGAUCCAAGUUGAAAAUUUAGAUGAAUUUAAGUGGCUGAAUUCAUCCUAUUGUCCAGUACUCCGUCAGCUUCAAUCUGCAGCAAUGAGAGAAUAUUAUUUCAAGGCAGGACAUUCAAUCACUCGUUCAUCUGGUGCUUCCAGUCUGAAGUACAGGAACCCGAAGUAUCUCUCAAUGCUCAAUCAUCUGAGGUUCUACCUACCUCAAAUUUACCCCAAGUUGGAUAAAAUUCUGUUUCUGGAUGAUGAUAUUGUUGUCCAGAAAGAUUUGACUGGAUUGUGGCAAGUAGAUCUCGAAGGAAAAGUCAAUGGAGCUGUGGAAACCUGUGUUCUGAAUUUUCAUCGUUUUGACAAGUACCUAAACUUCUCGAACUCUUAUAUCGCUAGGGAAUUCGAUCCAAAUGCGUGUGGUUGGGCAUAUGGAAUGAAUAUAUUUGAUCUUAAGGAGUGGAAAGAGAAAAAUCUCACUGGCAUAUAUCAUAAAUGGCAGAACUUGAAUGAAGAUAGGCUACUUUGGAGUCUCGGAACACUACCUCCAGGUUUGAUGACAUUUUAUGGGCUGACAUAUCCCCUCGAAAAGUCUUGGCAUGUGCUUGGCUUGGGUUACAACCCGAGUAUCAACCUCUCGGAGAUUGAAAAUGCAGCUGUUAUUCACUAUAAUGGCAACAUGAAACCUUGGAUGGAGAUGGCGAUGACCAAGUAUCGCCCCUACUGGACAAAGUACAUGGACUACGACCAUCCUUAUAUUCGCCAGUGCAACUUCAUUAGAUGAAGCUGAACGUGGAUAUUGCAGCUACAGGUCUCUCUCUCUCUCUCUCUCCCGCGUUGAAAUUCCUUUACUUGGUUUACUGCAUGACAACAUGGGGCUGGGGAAAUUUCACAUGUUCAUAACACAGCUAAAUGCGUUUGUAAUUCGUUCGAGUGGCUCUCACGGGACAUUAUGCAUUAUAAUGCAGUGGAAAAAAGUUGUAAUGUUAGCAUGUAAGAAAAUUCUAAUUCCGAUAUAGUUUGAGUAAAAGAUAGAUUGGGUAGAUUGGGAAGUAAAUGCCACGUUCACUGUUCUUUCCAUCAAGAUCAACAUUCCUUAUCCUAAGAUUCCCUACUCUGAAUUCGAUGAACAAGAAWAUCUGUAUGUUUGUAG